AUGAGUAUUGUUACGCCACCGGUAAGCAGUGAGAUGGGGUCGUCGCAGCCGCCGCAGUGCCCAAAUUUUUACUCUCUACGCCCGAAACAAGUGGAUUUUGACGCUACAUGGCGCAACGUGGAAAACUCCAUCAAGCGUAUCAUGAGAUUACAGCCGCUCGAACGACGCGUCUGGGAUUAUAAUUUCUAUGAUAUAUAUUCAUUAUGUGUGGCUAUUCCGGAACCGCUAAGUGAACGCCUCUAUAUGAAAACCAAUGAAUGUCUCGAUGAGCAUGUCGCCGAGCUUUGCCAGGAAGUGAAUGCGGCAAACGACUCGGAGCUUCUCAGCAAGUACUGCCAGCUCUGGAAUGUGUACUAUAAGGGAGCGCUGUGUAUUCACAAUUUGUUUGGCUACCUCAACAAGCAGUAUGUGAGAAUAAAGCGCUGCAGUGAAAUAGAUGGCGCAUAUAGCCCGUGCAGUCAGUUCAGUAGAAGGCAGGACCUGAAAGAGAUCGGAUUGCUUUCAAUGGAAAUUUGGCGAAAGAAAUUGAUUGAACCGAUGGAACACCGACUGAUUGACAAUGUUUUGAAAGCAAUCGCCGCAGAUCGCGAGGGAACAAAUCAUAUACCGGUAGAUAUCGUCCGAGGUGUUAUCAUCUCUUUUGUGCAACUUUCAAUGGAAAUUUGGCGAAAGAAAUUGAUUGAACCGAUGGAACACCGACUGAUUGACAAUGUUUUGAAAGCAAUCGCCGCAGAUCGCGAGGGAACAAAUCAUAUACCGGUAGAUAUCGUCCGAGGUGUUAUCAUCUCUUUUGUGCAAGUGAACGACGUUGAUAAUUUACGCGAGAAAUCGGACAGGCUGCCAACUCUGGCCGAGCAGAAUUUUGAGACAUAUCGGAAGAUGUUCGAAAGCAAAUUUUUGGAAGCAACGGAGGAAUACUAUGCAGUGCUGUCAAAUAAACUUCUUAGUGAAUUAAGCUGUUCGAGUUUCAUGGAAGCAGUGAUUUCUCGAAUCGACGAUGAGAAUGAACGUUCGCGUCGUUUCUUGCCCAAAGUGAGCCACGAUAAGGUCACCAAGCUGUGCCGCGAUGUAAUGGUGAAUGCACAUAAGGAGCAUCUAUACGCAGUGUGCCAUGAAUGUAUCGAGGCCGGCCGCCCACUGACUGGGGGCUUGUCAGUUGUGGUGCAAGAGUUUGAAGCGUUCGUCAAAAGGACAGGGCUUGCAGCGGUGACGAGUAUACAGGGGGACAAUAUUCCGCAGCAAUUCGUUGAGAACGUUUUGAAGGUGUAUAAGAAGUUUUCGUCAAUGGUUUCGAAUGUGUUUUAUGAUGAUGGUGAUUUCACUAGUGCUUUAGAUAAGGCGCUUCAAACAAUCGUAAAUUAUCGUGAGGAGCCGCGUGCGAUACCAAAAGCAUCAGAACGUCUUUCGCGCUAUACGGAUAUGUUGCUGCGCAAAUCUGGCAAAGGUCUGAGUGAUAGUGAACUCGAUGCGAAGCUGGCCGAGGCUAUUAUCAUUUUCAGAUACAUUGAAGACAAAGAUGUCUUUCAAAGGCAAGCAUGUGGAUUCGAAUUUACAAGCAAGCUGUCGCGUAUGUUCACGGAUGUCGGACUGAGCCAUGAACUCACCGAGCAUUUUGUUGCAGUAAGUUGUAUCAUAAGUACCACUGGUUCGAGAUAUUGCUUUUUUCUGAUACAAGAGCAUCUAAAUCAAGGGGAACGAUCACUUGGUAACCUCUGA